AGAUAAAAGUAUAGUUGGAAUAGGACAAGUAAAGUAUAUAUAAAAACGUAAAUUCUUAAGUAAAUAUCAGAAAAAAGUGAUCUCAAUACUCAUUAAAGACCACAAGUGAGUAACAAACCCUAAGACCGGUUCUCUACAAGACUAGCCUACUCACCCAACCCAUAUCUCCUCCCUCCAUUCUUACAGGUGCGCCAAACAACAGCCGUGCGAUCACACGUGCCUCAGCUUCUUCCUUCCGUGGAUACAUAUAUACUAGUCACGGCAACCACAUUCUCCCCCUUUUUUCCCUCUUUUCAACCAAAUUCAGCGCCAGAAUAAGAUAGAGAGGACGAACACAGCUGCCUCAGUCACUCUCCCCCUCACAUAGAUCUCUCUAGGGAGAAAAUAAAUGGAGUCAGAACUGGUGGAGCUGUUUGAGGCGGCGAAGAAAGCCGCUGACGCCGCGGCGACGUUGACGGAAUCGGGCGCUGAGGAAAGCCGAUGCCUUGAUGCAUUGACACAGCUUAAGAGUUUUCCCGUCACUUAUCAACUCCUUGUCUCCACUCAGGUUGGGAAGCGUCUUCGACCUCUCACGAAACAUCCUAGGAAGAAAAUACAGACUCUUGCAACCGGCCUGAUUGAGAUAUGGAAGGACAUUGUUAUUAAAGAAACAAGCAAAGAUUUAAAGAAUGGAACGUUGGAAACUAAACCUUCUUUCAAACUCGAAUCUCCAAAAGCUGAGAGUCCCAGGCCUGAGAAGUUUCAAAAGACUUCCUCUGGGAAGAUUGAGAAGGGUUUCAAGGCAGAACCUGUUAAGGUUGAGAAAGUUGAGCGCAAUGUAGCAGAAAGAAAGGUUCAUAUUGAGAAAAAGUCAUCCGUGGAUAAUGUCAAGAUUGAAAAAAACCGAGAUGUGAAGAAACCAGCAGCAGUGGGUGCUUCUUCAACUCCCAAGCUCACAUCUAUGAUCAAAUCUCAUGACGCUUCACGAGAUCGAGUGCGGGACAUGCUUCAUGAGGCUUUGUCUAAGGUCUCAAGCGAGGCAGACGAAGUUAUGGUGGAUGAUGUCAAUGCCUGUGAUCCGAUUCGAGUUGCGGUGACUGUGGAAUCAGUGCUGUUUGAGAAUUGGGGUGGUGCUACUGGUGCACAAAAGGUCAAGUAUAGAUCCUUAAUGUUUAAUCUUAAGGAUCCAAAGAACCCUGAUUUCCGCAGAAAAGUACUUCUUGGACAAGUUAAGGCAGAGAGUCUUGUGGACAUGAGCACGGCGGAGAUGGCAAGUGAUGAGAGGCAGCAGCAAAAUAAGAAGCUCGAAGAGAAAGCGUUGUUCGAUUGUGAGCGCGGUUUGCAAAGAGAAGCAACAACCGAUCAAUUCAAGUGCGGUCGAUGUGGUAAACGGAAGACCACAUACUACCAAAUGCAGACGCGAAGUGCCGAUGAACCUAUGACAACCUACGUAACAUGUGUAAACUGCAAUAACCGUUGGAAGUUCUGUUAGUGAGGGAGUUCUUUUUUAGGUGUUUCUGACUGGCCAUUGUUGUCAAUUUGAUUCAUCCGAUGAGAUAAGUGGCAGAGCUGCCCCAAUUAGAUGUGUAUGUCUCAGUCAGUGUGACUUUAUUAGAGAUUCAUCAUAUGUAGAAUUUUUUAUGAAUGCUUUUGUAUUUUUUUUAUUUUCAUUUAGUGCUUUGUAGGAUAAAUUUGUUCGGAGUAUUUCUUUUUUUAAUUGAUUUAUCUCCAUAUUUACUUACAUUUCUAGUUCCAUAAUGGAAUCAUGUACUUAAUGUU